ACUGGACGGGGCUUUCCCUCGCGGGGUGGUGGCGGGAGAGCGGCGAGGCUGCUUGUGUGCCUUCUUUACCUCAUAUAUGUCUCACGUACCUUAUAUAUAUAUAUGUCUCAUCUAUAUCUCAUAUAUCUUGCGUAUCUCGUGUAUCUUUGGAUUUCGGGAACGAGGCGUGCUGUCCACACCGAUCACUGCUAAUGUUAGCAGUGCCAUCACCACGGCUGUUUCUGUGCUAGGCUCGAUCUUAACUAAAAGCCCAAAAUGUUCCAAACUCUGAUUGGGAAAAGAAGGUAACCGAAUACUUCAAGGAAAAAUUAAAAGAAAAUAAUGCCACUAAUUGGGUUCCAUCACUGAAUGAUGUUCCUGUACAUUACCUAAAACCCAACAGUUUGGUGAAAUUUCGCUGCAUGGUUCAAGAUAUGUUUGAUCCUGAGUUUUACAUGGGAGUGUAUGAAACAGUUGACCCAAACACAAAUGCACGUGUUUUGCAUUUUGGCAAAUACAGAGAUGUGGCAGAAUGUGGGCCUCAGCAGGAGAUUGAUUUGAACUCCUCACAAACAGUCACCUCGGAGAGACAGACUCUCUACUGUGUUCCAGUGCCUGGGGAAUCUGCAUGGGUGAAAGAAGCCUAUACCAGUGCCAGCCAAGCCCGAGUUAGUCCUUCAACUUCCUACACCCCGAGUCGCCACAAGAGGAGCUAUGAGGAAGACGAGGACAUGGAUCUGCAUCCAUCCAAACAGAAGGAGCAGCAUAUGGGUAACAGUGGAGGUGAUAUCCAUGGAUGUGUGGAGCCCAAGAGAUUAGAAACAGAAGCUCCUGCAGGUCAUCACCUCAUUUCUCCCAACUGCUCCCCUCCACUUGACCUAAAUUUUCCAUUGCCAGGAGAGAAGGGACCAGCAUGUCUUGUCAAGGUCUAUGAGAGCUGGGAGAGCUUCAAAGUCAAUGAUGUGCUGGAGGUUUAUGGUGUUUUGUCCGUGGAUCCAGUGCUGAGCUUAGUAAACAGUGAGGAGAGGGACAGCUCAGCCCUUGAUCCUAUGGAGUGUAUGGACACAGCAGAGGAACAGAGAGUGCACAGCCCUCCUGCCUCAUUAGUGCCCAGAAUCCAUGUGAUUUUGGCCCAGAAGUUGCAACACAUUAACCCACUGCUGCCUGCCUGCCUUAAGGAAGAGGAGAGUAAAACCUUUGUUUCUAAUUUUAUGUCUGAGCUGUCACCAGUGAGAGCAGAGUUGCUGGGGUUCCUCACCCAUGCCCUCUUGGGAGACAGUUUGGCUGCUGAAUACCUUAUACUGCAUCUCAUCUCUACAGUUUAUGCAAGACGAGAUGUGCUUCCUCUGGGAAAAUUCACGGUCAACUUGAGCGGAUGUCCCAGGAACAGCAUCUUCACCGAGCACAUCUACCGCAUCAUCCAGCAGCUGGUGCCAGCAUCCCACCGGCUGCAGAUGACCAUCGAGAACAUGAACCACUCGCGCUUCAUCCCGCACAAGGACUACGCCGCCAACCGCCUGGUCACUGGGGUGCUGCAGCUGGCCAGCAACACCUCCCUGGUGGUGGAUGAGACUCAGCUGGAGCAAGGGCAGCUCGACACAACAGGUGUCCAUAAUGUGACAGCUCUGGGCAAUCUGAUCACCUGGCAGAAGGUGGAUUAUGACUUCAAUUACCACCGGAUGGAAUUCCCCUGCAACAUUAAUGUGCUGAUCACCUCGGAGGGCAGAUCCCUCCUGCCGUCAGAUUGCCAAGUCCACCUACAACCCCAGAUAAUCCCCCCAAACAUGGAGGAGUACAUGAGCAGCCUCCUGACAGCAGUGCUCCCAUCUGUGCUCAACAAAUUCCGAAUUUACCUGAGUUUGCUGAGGCUGCUGGACUACAGUAUAUCUGAUGAAGUGACCAAGGCAGUGGAAGAGGACUUUGUAGAGAUGCGCAAGAACGACCCCGAGAGCAUCACAGCUGAUGACCUGCACAAGACACUGCUCGUGGCAAGGUUCCUGUCGCUGAGCGCGGGGCAGACGACGCUGUCGAGGGAGAGAUGGCUGAGAGCAAAACAACUGGAGGCACAACGCAAAGCCAGGCUGCAGCAGCAGAAAUGUGUCAAUGGCAACGAACUUUAACACCUUGAAAAUUUGUCUAAUCCCUAGAUGGAACCCCUACUAAGAUUGGAAUAUUGUUUAUACCAGUUUUUGUAGAUAAUUUAUACCAAAAAGUUAUGGAUAUUUACCCUUGCAGCCUGAACACUCUUAACUCUGUUCAGCCACUUAAACAUAUUUUAUGGAAUUUUUUUGGAACCCUGUUUUGUAAUUGAAAAUUGGUAACAAUGAGCAAAUUGUUUGAUAUUAAACUUUAAUACUGAA